AUGCUGUAUUGUGGCGCGUCUUGUGAAACUGCUACAUUAACAGCAGAUUUAUGGACCUUACGGAAUAACCAAGAUUAUAUUGGGGUUACUUGUCACUGGAUAACUUAUAAUUGGUCUCUCCAGAGCAUAUUAUUAUGUUGUGAAAAAAUAUCAUACCCAUAUACUGCUGAGUCCAUUCUUCAAUUUCUUAUUAGCAAAUAUACAGAAUUUAAUCUUGAAAACAAGAUUAUAUGUGUUUUUACUAAUAAUGGCUUCAACAUACCAUUGUCUGAUUCUCAUCAACAAGAAAGAUUAGAGAAAGUUCAAAUAAGAGUAAUAGAAAGAAAUACAUUAUCAUUUUUUAGCCCAGUUCAUGCUAAAGCUUAUGUUAAAGUUUACCUUGAUAAUAAAGAG